CCACAUUUGCACAAUCUCGCUAAAUUAACUACAUUCAGGCUCUCAAGUGAUGUAUAUCUUGCUGAUUCCGAUUUGUAAAUAUCGGUUAUUUACGCCUGUUCUGGUUGUAACAGUGUCAGUUGGCGCUUUUCCAUUAUCCUCCUUACGAUUACGAAGUUCUAGGAAAUGUUUAGGAAUAUUAGAAUCUAGGGGUCGGCACGAAUAACGAAUAUUCGCCGCGAAUAUUCAUAAUUUUAGU